UUUGUGUCUUUUUUUUGAAGAAGGACCAUCGUGUCGGAUAGGGAUGCCGAGGGAUCUUUUGUUCAAGUUUUCCCACGGUGCGCUGGCCGGACUCCGGAGUAUGGAUGACGGCGGAUUCGAUUCUCAAGCCGAAAGUCCACCGCAAACCAAGAACAGCUGCAUACGUGUUCCAAGAACAGCUGCUUACGUGUUCCAAGAACAGCUGCAUACGUGUUCCAGAAGUCGUUCAGCAGUAGCAGUAUUCACACCCAGAACCGCACUUCCGGUGGCAAAAGCUCUGAUUCCGAGGAGAAAAAUUCUACUGCCGUUUAUCACCGCCCACUUUCCCUUCCGGACCGCAAGCUUCAGUUGCUGAAGCAACCAGAGCCCUCCGUUGACGCCCAUUUUCUAGGAGACCCAACACCUUGGCCAACUCCAGCUGCUAGAUACCAAGACUCUUCAAUACCCGGUUUUGGUCUUGCAGGACAACAGCAGCAAUGCGAACGCCAACAGCAGCUCGCCCAGCGCCGGUGACGGAUUAAGCAACGGAAACUCGUCCAAUGGAUCGUCCAGCAUCUCCAACGGUCCACACGCUGAACCUGAAGUCGUCGACCCUAUCACCACCGUUGCAUCACUCCCGGUGUGUUUUUACCUUCAAGCGGGAGUUCUUUCUUGACGGACCGGAACCCAAUACCAAUGGCUGCCUCCCGUGGAAAUUUUCUGGAGUAACUGCUGAACGAUCCGGCCCAGCGCUACACACACGGGAUACGGGCUGGGCUGGGUUGGCCAAGCUGUGGGACAAGCAGAAGAUCUACAUGUCGAUGAACUACGACAAGAUAUCGCGAGCGCUGCGUUACUACUAGCGCAUCAACGUUCUUCGGCGUGAUGGCUGGAGAAAGGAUGACGGAGAUUAAAAUUAAAAAUUUAAAUCCUAAAUUGAAACAUAGAUUGCUGAUUUGA